GCAGGUUUCUGCUAAGUUUGGAGUUACGCGGCCUCACGACUGUAUGCCUGCGUCCCUUAAGUAAUUGCUCACCACCGACCCAGGGACUCUGAAACACAAGGAGUCUGCAUGUCUAGCAAGUAGACAUGCUCAGCUUUGUGGAUACACGGAUUUUGUUGCUGCUCGCAGUAACUUCAUGCCUAGCAACCAGUCAAUAUGAGGCAACGGUACGAAGGGGUCCCCGAGGAGUAAAAGGGCCACGAGGAGAGAGGGGUCCACCAGGUCCACCAGGCAGAGAUGGUGAAGAUGGUCCACCAGGCCCCCCAGGGCCCCCUGGUCCUCCUGGUCUUGGCGGAAACUUUGCUGCUCAGUACGACGGUUCCAAAGCAGCUGAUCUUGGCCCUGGACCAAUGGGUAUAAUGGGACCCAGAGGCCCACCCGGUUCAAGUGGACCCCCUGGUUCUCCUGGCUACCAAGGACCUCCUGGUGAACCUGGUGAACCUGGUCAAACAGGUCCCCAAGGUGCUCGUGGUCCACCUGGUCCUCCUGGAAAGGCUGGUGAAGAUGGUCAUCCUGGAAAACCUGGAAGAAAUGGUGAAAGGGGUGUUCCUGGACCUCAGGGUGCUCGUGGCUUUCCUGGAACUCCUGGUCUGCCUGGCUUCAAAGGAAUAAGGGGACAUAAUGGUUUGGAUGGUCGGAAAGGAGAACCUGGUGCCCAAGGUACUAAGGGUGAACCUGGUGCCCCUGGUGAAAAUGGAACUCCCGGACAAUCUGGUGCUCGUGGUCUUCCUGGUGAAAGGGGAAGAGUUGGUGCUCCUGGCCCAGUUGGUGCUCGUGGCAGUGACGGAAGCAAUGGUCCCACUGGCCCUGCUGGUCCCAUUGGUUCUGCUGGACCCCCAGGAUUCCCCGGUGCUCCUGGAGCCAAGGGUGAAGUAGGACCUGCUGGUAAUGCUGGUCCAUCUGGCCCUGCAGGUCCUCGUGGUGAGCCUGGUCUCCCUGGUGCUGCUGGUCCCGUUGGCCCACCAGGUAACCCUGGUGCCAAUGGUAUUCAUGGUGCUAAAGGUGCAGCUGGUCUUCCUGGUGUAGCUGGUGCUCCUGGCCUCCCAGGUGCUCGUGGCAUCCCCGGCCCAGCUGGCCCUGCUGGCCCUGCUGGUUCUAGAGGACUUACUGGUGAGCCUGGCCCUGCUGGAUCCAAGGGAGAAACUGGUAACAAGGGUGAACCUGGUUCACCUGGCCCAGCUGGUCCUGCUGGUCCAAGUGGUGAGGAAGGCAAGAAGGGUGCCACUGGUGAGCCUGGUGCUACUGGUAUACCUGGACCUGCAGGUUUAAGAGGUGUUCCUGGAUCUCGUGGUCUCCCUGGAGCUGAUGGCAGAGCUGGUGUUAUAGGUCUUGCUGGUAAUCGUGGUGCUACUGGCCCUGCUGGUGCUAAAGGUCCCAGUGGAGAUGUGGGCCGCCCUGGUGAACCUGGUCUCAUGGGUGCAAGGGGUCUCCCCGGUCAAUCUGGAAGCCCAGGCCCUGCUGGCAAAGAAGGUCCUAUGGGUCUCCCUGGUCCUGAUGGUCGUCCUGGCCCAGUUGGUCCAGCUGGUCCAAGAGGUGAACCUGGCAACAUUGGAUUCCCAGGACCAAAAGGUCCCAAUGGCGAGCCUGGCAAACCUGGUGAAAGAGGUCAUGUUGGUCUUGCUGGCCCACGGGGUCCUCCUGGUCCAGAUGGAAACAAUGGGGCUCAAGGACCAGUUGGUGUUGUUGGUGCUGUUGGUUCCAAAGGUGAAACCGGUCCAGCUGGCCCUCCUGGAUUCCAAGGCCUUCCAGGUCCCUCUGGCCCAGUUGGUGAAGCUGGCAAACCAGGUGAUAGGGGUCUUCAUGGUGAAUUUGGUCUCCCUGGUCCUGCUGGUGUAAGAGGUGAGCGUGGCCCUCCAGGCCCAAGUGGUGUUGCUGGUCCUACCGGUCCCCUUGGAAGCCGUGGCCCAUCUGGUCCACCAGGAUCUGAUGGUAGCAAGGGUGAACCUGGUGUUGCUGGAGCAGCUGGUGCUCCCGGCCCAGGUGGCCCUAGUGGAAUCCCUGGCGAGAGAGGUGCAGCUGGUAUGCCAGGAGGCAAAGGUGAAAAGGGACCAACAGGCUUCAGAGGAGAUGUUGGAACAACUGGAAGAGAUGGUGCCCGGGGCAUUCCUGGUGCUGUUGGUGCUCCUGGACCUGCUGGAGGUUCUGGAGAGAGGGGUGAAGCUGGUCCCGCUGGUGCAGCUGGUCCCGCUGGACCUCGUGGAGCACCUGGUGAACGUGGUGAAGUUGGUCCUGCUGGCCCUCCCGGAUUCGCUGGACCUCCUGGUGCAGCUGGUCAGGCUGGUGCUAAAGGCGAAAGAGGUCAAAGAGGACCUAAAGGCGAUGUAGGCCCACAAGGUGCCAUUGGUGCUGUUGGUAAUGGUGGCCCUGCUGGUCCCAUGGGCCCUGCAGGUCCUGCUGGAGCCCGUGGUGAUGGCGGUCCACCUGGUGCUACUGGUUUCCCUGGUAAUGCUGGAAGACCUGGACCUCCUGGCCCUGCUGGUGUCUCUGGUCCCCCUGGACCCCCUGGCCCAGCUGGCAAAGAGGGUAUUAGAGGCCCACGUGGUGACUCUGGACCAAUGGGCCGUGCUGGUGAGACUGGUAUUGUUGGACCACCUGGUUUCAGCGGAGAGAAAGGCCCAACUGGAGAGAGUGGUGCUGCCGGACCUCCUGGUUCCCCAGGUCCUCAAGGUAUCCUUGGAGCUCCUGGUAUCCUUGGUCUUCCUGGCUCUAGAGGAGAACGUGGUCUCCCAGGCGUUGCUGGAGCACCUGGUGAUUUUGGCCCCGUUGGUAUUGCUGGUCCCCCAGGUGCUCGUGGCCCAUCUGGUCCCAUUGGUGCCCCUGGUGUGAAUGGUGCCCAAGGCGAAGCCGGGCGGGAUGGAAAUCCAGGUAGUGAUGGUGCUCCUGGUCGUGAUGGUGCUGCUGGUUACAAGGGGGAACGUGGUGCUCCCGGCAACACUGGUCCCCAUGGUGCUCUUGGUGCUCCUGGCCCCCAUGGUUCUGUUGGUCCUGCUGGCAAACCAGGAAAUCGUGGUGAACCUGGUCCUGUUGGUGUUACUGGUCCUGCUGGCCCUGCUGGUGCAAGAGGUCCUUCUGGCCCACAAGGAGCACGUGGUGAGAAAGGUGUUACUGGUGAUAAGGGACCCAGAGGCAUGCCUGGUUUCAAAGGACACAAUGGACUUCAGGGACUGCCUGGCAUUGCCGGACAUCAUGGAGAACAAGGUCCAACUGGUGCUUCUGGUCCUGCUGGCCCAAGGGGACCUGCUGGUCCUUCUGGUCCUCCUGGCAAAGAUGGUCGCAAUGGUCUGCCUGGACCUGUUGGUCCUGCUGGUGUGCGUGGAUCCCCUGGUAACCAAGGACCUUCUGGUCCCCCAGGCCCACCUGGUCUUCCUGGCCCACCUGGUGCCAACGGUGGUGGAUAUGAAAUUGGGUAUGAUGCAGAAUAUUACCGGGCAGAUCAGCCUUCUCUUAGACCCAAGGACUAUGAAGUUGAUGCCACCCUGAAAACACUGAACAACCAGAUUGAGACCCUCCUGACCCCAGAAGGCUCCAAGAAGAACCCAGCUCGCACCUGCCGUGACUUGAGACUCAGCCAUCCCAAAUGGAGCAGUGGUUUCUACUGGAUCGAUCCCAACCAAGGCUGCACCAUGGAUGCCAUUAGAGUAUUUUGUGACUUCUCCACCGGUGAGACUUGCAUCCAUGCCAAUCCCAGAAGCAUCCCAGCCAAGAACUGGUACAUUAGCAAGAACCCUAAUGAAAAGAAACAUGUCUGGUAUGGAGAAACUAUCAAUGGUGGCACUCAGUUUGAAUACAAUGAGGAUGGUGUGAGUAGCAAGGACAUGGCCACCCAACUUGCUUUCAUGCGACUCCUGGCCAACCAUGCUUCCCAGAACAUCACUUACCAUUGCAAGAACAGCAUUGCUUACAUGGACGAGGAAACAGGCAACCUUAAAAAGGCACUCUUGCUGUUGGCAUCCAAUGAUGUUGAACUACGACCUGAAGGCAACAGCAGGUUCACUUUCACCGUUCUUGAAGAUGGCUGCUCUAAAAAGAACAACCAAUGGGGCAAAACUAUCAUUGAAUACAGAACAAAUAAGCCAUCUCGUUUGCCCAUCCUUGACAUUGCACCUUUGGACAUUGGUGGCGCUAACCAAGAAUUCGGUGCGGACAUUGGCCCAGUCUGUUUCAAAUGAAUGAACUAAAACUAACUUAAAACCAAAAAAAAAAGUAUUCUCUCUUUGCCAUUUCUUUUUUAUACUGAAAGCUGACUCCUUCCAUUUCUUCUGUUCAUCUACUUGCUUAAACUCUGGGCGAAAGAGGCGAAGGAUUUAUUGGAACGAUGUGCAAUGCAAUUUAAUACAGCCCCAAAAGGAAUCAGAAGUUUUUCAAGAUUUUAUCACCUUGUUGUGGAAAAUGUCAGCCUUUGUGUAAAAAAAAAAAUACAAAAAACCAAAAACUAAAUAAAAAAAAUCCUGAAAGUUUGC